AUGGGAUAUGAAGUCCUCUCCUCGUUAGAGCCGAGGCACUUGCCCAGAGACUACAAUGCCCAUUCUCCAAAAGCGCUGCAGAAGAUUUCCCCCCCCCCCCCCGUGGCGCUUGAGGCUUUGGAUCUGGCUUGCGCGAUCUUGCAGGAUCCUGAGCUUUGCAGAUCCGGCCAUGGCGAGGUUACAAGAAGAGAGUUCCCCGAUGUAAUAAUAAAAUUGGAACAAGGAGAGGAGAAAUGGCUGUCAAGAAACGCGGAACAAGAAAGGAAAGCGUUGCUCUCACCUGGCCAAGAAAGUGAAACUACAACGAAUAACACUCCAGAGCUUCCUGUUGUGAUCAUAAAGAAGGAAGAACAGGAAGGUCAGUGGGUGCUGUAUCGCCAGGCUCCGGAAGGAAAUGGGGCCUUCCCAGCUUCUCGUUCAGAAAAGGAGCUGACACAGAGCUACGUGGGAAGUAAGGAGAAUAAAUGUGCCGAUUGUGGGAAAAACUUCACGCAGAGGUCCAGCCUUGUCAGACACGAGAAGACCCAUACUGGAGAGAAACCAUAUCGGUGUUUGGAGUGUGGAAGGAGCUUCAGUCAGAGAUCGAUCUUGACCCGACACGAGAGGACCCAUAUGGGAGAGAAGCCAUAUAAAUGCUCUCAGUGUGGGAAAAAUUUCCGCCACAAAUCAGCACUCCUGAGGCAUGAAAAGAUGGAGGCUGGGGAAAAGCCCUACGAAUGUUCACACUGUGGGAAGGGUUUUAUUCAGAAGUCAAACUUUCUCAUCCACGAGAGAAUCCACACGGGCGAGAAACCGUACCUGUGCUCUGAUUGUGGGAAAAGUUUUGUCCAGCGGUGGCAUCUCCUUGUCCACGAGAUGACCCAUAAGCAGGAGGCAUCCCAUGAAUGUUCAACAUGCGGUAAGAAAUUCAAUCACAGCUUAAGCCUUCUCAUCCAUGAAAGAAGCCACACGGGGGAGAAAAUUCAUCAGUGUUCCGAUUGUGGGAAAAACUUCACGCAGAGAUCCAGCCUUGUUUGACACGAGAAAACUCACACGGGAGAGAAGCCGUAUAAAUGCACAGAAUGUGGGAGGAGUUUCAGCCAGAGGUCCAUCUUGACCAGGCACGGGAGAGAAGCCGUACACAUGCUCCGAAUGUGGGAAGAGUUUCCGUCACAAAUUGGCGCUCCUCAGGCACGAAAAAAUGGAAGCGGGAGAAAGGCCUUAUCGGUGUGAGCACUGCGGGAAAGGUUUCAUUCAGUGGUCCAACUUCCGGAUACACGAGAGGAUCCAUAUGGGCGAGAAACCCUAUCAAUGCGCAGACUGUGGGAAGCGGUUCCUUCAAAGGUUGCACCUUCUCGUCCAUGAGAUGACGCAUAAGGAAGAGAAACCCUAUGAGUGUUCGAAGUGUGGGAAGAGAUUCCAUCACAACUUAAGCCUUGUGAUCCACCAAAGAAGCCACACAAGAGUGAAAACAUAUUGUGGGAAAAGCUUUGUUGAUAAAACAAGUUUUAGCAGACAGGAAAGCGUACAGCAAGAGGAGAAGUUGUAUUCCUGCUCUGGCGGUGGGAAACACUUCGGUUCUAGGUUAGCUCUCCUCAGACACAAAAGUCCUAAAGUGGGAAGGAAGCCAUAUUGUUUCUCUCCCUGUGGAAAAAGCAUCAUUCCAAAAUUAAAGCUUCUUGCAGCUCCCAAGGGUCCCCAUAAUGGAUCAAAUUUGGACACCUGCUUCCACUGUGGAAGAGGAUACAGGCUGAAAUGUAAGCUCGUCAUACAUGAGAAAGCCCAUCUAAGAAAGAAACCAUAUAAACUAGCGUGUGGAAAAAGUUUCAGCCACAGGUCCAAUUUUAUUGGAUUGCAGGAGAAGACACACAUGGUUGAAAAGCAAUACAAGUGUGCUGGCUGUGGGAAAUUAUUUAACAACUGGUCGAACCUCUUAAAACAUCAAAAGACCCACACGGGAGAAAAGCCUUACAACUGUGCCAAGUGUGGGAAGAACUUCAGCAAUAAAGCAACUCUUGUACACAAGAGGACCCACACCGGUGAAAAGCCGUACCAGUGCUUCAGCUGUGAUAAAGGUUUCACCAGCAAAUCCAGCUUAAUCAAACAUGAGAGGAUCCACAUGGGGGAGAAACUCCACAUCUGUUCAGAAUGUGGGAAAAGCUUCAUCCAGAAAUCAAACCUUCUCCGGCACAAGAAGAUCCACAAAGGAAAACCGGAGAAUCUGUUCUCGGAUCGUGGGGAAAGUUCCAGGUUGCACAUGAACCGGAUGAGAAAUUCAGGGAUCCGUGCAAAAGAGAAACCGAACCAAUGCAUCCCCUAUGAGGAAAUGUUUCUCGUGGUCCACAAGGAAACCCAUGAAGUGGAGAAACCGUAUUCGUGUUUGGUUGCGGGAAAAGCUUUUCGUACAAAUCCAGCCGAGGAAACACGAGAGAACUCAUGCA